AUGCAUAUGCCGUCUACUGUACCAGCAGCACCUGAAGAACAAUUGUGUACUUCGUCAGAGGACACUACGCAGAGUACCACUCUGAUAGAUAUGGGUCUCAGUCAAAUUACCAGUCUUUGCAAAAUAGAAUACACUCAAUUUGGUGAAUUUUACACUUGCAAGGUAUGCAACGUGAAGUGUACCGGUAAGAUGCCCUUUCUGCAACAUGUAAUGGGGUCAAGUCACAAAAGAAAGUUCAUUCUUAAUGCACCUUUUUGUCAGGAAUGGAAUACAAACUCCAACUCUUCUGAGCAAUAUGCGUCUCACUGCAGUGGAACGUCUUCUGAAAGUCAAACAUCUGGACAGACCCGUAUGGAGCAACGAUCUACUGGAAACAACGAUACAACCUACUUUUGUGAACUGUGUGGUCUUAACUGCUCUUCUAAGAAACAGCUUGAUUGUCAUCUAGCAGGUAAAAGACACUUGAAACAAUCCAGAAAACGAGGAGCACACUUAUCUGGUCAUUUGUCAGUCAAUUCUACAUUGAGUUUACAGUCAAACCAGUUUAAUGAAUUAGAGGAAUGUCUUUCACAAAUUUUCACUUCAAUGAAUCACACUGUUGAAAAUUCAGUAGAAUUUUGUCAAAAGGUUGCACAUUGGUUAAGAAAUGUCAUAGAUCUUGAGUCUAAAGUGGAGUCAACAAAUAACAUCUCCCCAUUGUUUUUAUCACCAACGUCAUCUCCGACUCUUUCAUGUCAGAAGGAAACCGAUGCAGUUUUAGGAGCAUCACCUUCAGAACGGAGCAACGGUGGUUCUCUUGAAAGUAGGCCGUUCUGUAAACAUGCUGAUUGUGUUCUAUUAAGGUCACUGCAAUUUUAUGCAAAAAGGUUAUACGAAGAAGCUGGCGUUCAUGAAUGA